AUGUUGGUGGAUGUCCACGCUUCAAGGCAUUCAAAGAGACGUGAUCUAAUGACCGCUUGCGGACUGAGUAAAUUGGAAAGCUGUGAUACUUAUAACCCGGCCCUUUACGACCCUUCUGCUCUUGCCGGUUUCGUUUCGUAUCGGCGAUCACGAGUGUCGAUUAGACUCGACAGCCAGUCGUCGUCUGGUGCCGGCGGCAGAGAAUGCCGCGGCCAUUUCGCUCGCCAUGUCUCGUUCUCUCUUGCCUCAGUGCCGAAAGUUUUGGAUCAGCUAAGAUUUAUCAUCUGCGUUGUCAUGUGGCCGAAGCCACCGUACGUAAAGUCGACGUCGACGUCGACACGACUCUUCUACUACCGAUGCACUGACGUCACUGAUGCUCCCUCGGUUUUCUUUUUCCCGCCGUCACGUUUGUAUCGUCCUUCGAUUUAUGACGUACUCGGGCAAAUUCGAUGUCGUUUGAUUCAGCUGCGGUUGGUUUUACGCACAUCCCAAACGGAUUAA